AUGGAGGGAGAGACGACAGAACCCAGGACAUUGAAAUACGUUGAUAUUGGUAUCAACUUGAGUGACCCCGUUUUCAGGGGCAGUUAUCACGGCAAACAAGUCCAUGAAGAUGAUUUAGCGGAUAUCAUUGAACGAGCUCGGAAUAUUGGCUGUACUAAGUUUAUGGUUACUGGAUCCGAUCUCAAGGAAUCCAAGCAUGCAGUUCAAAUAGCAAAUGAUUACCCUGGAUCCUGCUACGCCACCGUCGGCGUGCAUCCCUGUCAAGCCAAACACUUCGACACCCAUCUUGGUGGCCCCUCAAAACUCCUCGAAGAACUCCGCACUCUAGCCCUCGCAACCAAACAAUCCGGGCACACCGUCGCCUUUGGCGAAAUCGGUCUCGACUACGACCGCUUAUUUCUCAGUCCCAAAGAAUCACAAUUAAAAUGGUUUGAAGCCCAGCUAGAUCUUGCAGUUGAAGUUCAGUUACCUCUCUUUCUACAUUCGCGUGCCGCAAGUGAAGAUUUUGAGCGUUUAUUGAAAUCGAGACUUGAUCGGUUACCGCGCGGUGGACUCGUGCAUAGUUUUACGGGCACGAUGGAGGAGAUGCAGCGACUAGUUGACCUCGGACUCGAUAUUGGUGUGAAUGGUUGUAGUCUCAAGACAGAAGAGAAUCUGGAGGUGGUCAGACAUAUCCCCCUUGACAGAAUACAGAUUGAGACAGAUGGCCCCUGGUGCGAGAUUAGACCCUCCCAUGCAUCGGCGAAGUAUUUGAGUGAUGCGUCGCCUUUACCCAAGGCUGUUAAGAAAGAGAAGUGGCAAAAGGGCUGUAUGAUCAAAGGGAGGAAUGAGCCUGUUGCUAUUGCGCAUGUUGCGCAUGUUAUUGCUAAGAUUAAGGGCGUUUCGGUGGAGGAGGUUUGUGAAGCGGCUUGGAACAAUUCGAUCAAGAUGUUUGGAUUGGGAGAGACGAGUAACUAGACUUUUUAUAUUUGAUUAUAGACACAAGACAGACCAGAUUAGACCACUA